AAACAAAAAUUUACCAAGUUCAUAAGAUUUUUCAUAUUGCACCAUCGAAAGAAGCUACUGCAAAAUUCACAUUCACUUUCUUAGUCCAAAAGAAGAGAGAAAGAAAAAUGGCAUCCCAAGACCAGGGUCGUAGAGCUGCUGAAGCCAAGGGCCGUACUGAGGAGAAGGCCAACCAAAUGGCAGGCUCAGUGGGGGACAAGGCCCAAGCGGCGAAGGAUAAGACCUCAGAUACGGCCCAAGCAGCUAAGGACAAGACUUACCAGACGGGCCAGGCCACGAAGGACAAGACGAAGAGCGCGGCCCAGACCACGAAAGAGAAGACGUCAGAGACGGCGGAAAGGACCGGAGAGAUGGCCCACGAGGGGAAAGACAAGGCCGCGGGGAUUCUUCAAGACACUGGGGAGAAGAUGAAACACAUGGCCCAAACCACUGCUGAUGCUGUGAAAGGCUCACUCGGCAUGGCCAAGAACGACGAUGAGGAGGGCUUUAAGACCAGGGGCAGGGACUAUUAGUUUAGUAGUAGUAGUUGUUACUUUUGUCGUCGUUUUUGUGUGUGUUUUUUUUUCAAUUGUCGUUUUUGUAUUUUUCUUAUGCUGUUUUUCGUUCAGUCCCGCGUUUCAAUGUAUGAUGAAAUGAAGUGAAGUCGUGAAGGGUUAUUCUCAUAUAAUCAUAGGGCUGUAAAAUGCAUUGAAAUUAUAGAAUAUACUUUUUUUUUACUA